UUCUCGGCCUAUUUUCUUAUCUGUUCUAUCUUCGCCGGUCUUUCCUUCUUCUUCCAACCCCUCCAAACUCUGUUCUUUCUCACCAAUUUAUACCAUCCUCGAUCUCUCUUCUUCGGAGUCCAACGAUUCUCAUUUUACUCUUCUACUCUAAUCUUACUCUUCUACUCUCCUCUUUCAGUUCACUUGAAGUUCCCGAAUCUCACAGUGGUGUGACUAUGGAAGGCAAUACAAUGUUGGCUACACCCCCGAACAGUACAAUAGACGUUCCAAAGAAGGAUAAGUCCUAUCCUCUUCCUAGAGAUGCUGCCGAGACCAAAAGGCUCAACGAUCAGCACAGUCUUUUCAAGAUAUACUGUGGUCAAAACCUGAUCCAUCCUUCGAUCCCCAAAGAAAAGAUCCAGAAUAUCGCAGAUAUAGGUACCGGCACUGGUAUUUGGCUUAAAGAUGCGGCAGAGCUUUUGACAACGAUCCCAACUGAAAGUGGGAAUGGGCGAUCGUAUAGCGGCUUCGAUAUAUCCCCUCUUCAGUUUCCCAAAGUUCACCAGAAGGGGAUGCAAUUCUCUGUUCACGACCUGCUUGAACCCUUUCCAGUGGAAUAUCACGGAAAGUAUGAUUUAGUUCACCUCCGCUUCCUGCUUGCUGCGCUGAAGGAAGAUGAUGUCAAAAUUGCCGUCAAGAAUAUCGUCGCCCUACUAAGACCUAAUGGUUAUGUGCAAUGGGAUGACCUGCGCUACGGCUUUGCAUACAAUCGCAAAGCGCCCGACGAGCUCAGGGCUUCUGACCAGGUUGCUGAGGAUUUCAGCGCCAAAUUCGGCGUCAUUCGAAACCUGCCUGGUCUGAUCACGGAGAAUUUCAAAAAAGAGGGACUCCAAGGCGUGAUCAAGUACGAGCAUCCGCCUCCUGAUACGGAGGAGAAGAUUGCUGCCGCGAAGGCGCUCCGCCUGGAAAUGGCGGCGGUUAUGCCACGAGUGUUUCUGGAAGUAGGCCUGGCUAAAACUGAGGAAGAGGCAAAGGAGAUGACUGGGAGAAACGUGAUGACGCUCCAGAAACACUUUGAUCAGGGCUUGUAUCCUAUUCUACCUUUGGAACGGGUCAUUGGACAGAAGGUCUAACAGAAUGCUGAAUGUGAAUGGUGUAAGGCUUCUUUUACUCAACAACAUGGAUUACUUUUGCUGUGCACCGGGCUCUUAGAUCUCGUCACUGUCAUUGGGAAUAGUGUUUCUACAGUAAUAAUCCCCUGGAGUACUUUUCUGAAGGCACAGAUGUCCCAAGGGACAAGGGACAGAAUCACGUGUUUCCACUUAUGUCUUAGUCAUCUCCCUCGUAAUCGCGUUCUCUCGUCCCAUUAUUCCAACUCCUUUCUUUCUUCUUCUUCUUCUUCUUCUUCUUCUUCUCUACCAUCUCAGACCAGCUCCACUUGAUCAAGUCUUGGCUAUUGUUCGGUCGUUUAUUUUCUCUUCUUUAAGUUGUUCAACAUUCGGGCUGGGCGACUUCUUCAAGAUGCCGGUUGGUACCGUUGUGAGUCAGGCCGAGCCAAGUCUGCCGAUAAUCCUGGUCUGGUUCUCUGCUUCUUGAGUUGC